UGCACGUCAGAGACAAUCUAGUGGUUUUCUUUGAGUUUGGGCAAAUGGGGACAAUCUAAUGGUUAAUAUAAUACUAUUAAAUAUACAUUCUAAGAUAUGGAGUAUCGUUACACUUGGAGCUGUGCAAUCAAAUGAUGUAUACAUUAUAAUAAUGGACUAGCAUCCACGAAAUCCAUAUUGAGGGCCGUUGAAUUGGCCGUCAAUAGUAGUAGUUCUAUAAUUUUACUUAAAAUUAAUUAGUUUUGACCAAAACUAGAUUAUUGCCACCGAACAUAAAGCUCUUUUCUCGACCAUGCAUCGGUCUUCGUAAACAAGAUUUACUCUCUCUCUUUCCUUCGCUGCAAGAAUUCACAAAGCUGCAGCUUUUAAAUAGUAAACGAGUUGCAGAGAAUUUAGCUCAACUCCCACUUGUGAACUCCCCAUCAUUUUUGGCACUUGUUUUUUCGAGCUACCGGAAAAACCACGAGGCACGAGAGCUAGAAGAUGGUGGUUUGAGACUGGAUUUGCCAUAGAAAAUGCCAUCAUCUUCUUGGAUCACCACACUUUCUUGCUCUAGCUCUGUGUUGCAGUCAUCAGGCAGCUCGCCUUUUCAAUGGCUAAGAUUCAUCUUUCUCUCUCCGUGUCCUCAAAGAGCACUCAUAUCUGCUGUAGACAUCCUAUUCUUGAUUGUCUUGCUCUUCUUCGCUCUUCAAAAGCUCUACUCAAGAUUCACCGCCACUCGUCAUUCAAAUGGCGAGAUCAGCACUCCUUUGAUUAGUAGCAAGACAGAUCUUGUUAGAACCAAUGUAUGGUUCAAGCUAGUCUUGCUCGUCUCGUUGCUUGUUGCAGUCGCUUCGUCUGUUUUCUGCAUUCUUGCUUUUAGCGGGACUGCUGAGUUGGCAUGGAAGACAGUGGAUGGGUUGUAUUGGUUGUUCCAAGCGAUUACUUACUUAGUGAUUGCUGUUCUUGUUAUUCAUGAGAAGAGAUUUCGAGCAAGCACACACCCUUUGACUCUCCGAGCUUAUUGGAUCGUGCAGUUUGUUGUUUUGGGGUUGUCCUUUGCUUCUGCUCUCACACGUUUGAUAUCUUUUCAAGAGAGUGGUUCUGAGUUGAGAGUGGAUGACAUUGGCUCGAUUUUCGUGUUCCCUUUAUCCAUCGUGCUUCUUGCAGCCGGAAUCAGAGGGACGACGGGCGUUGAGGUGGCGAGGGAUCAUCAGUCUGAACCAGUGGUGGAUUCAGAAACUCACGAGUAUGAAGCCAUUUCGGAUAAGUCCAAUGUGACUGGCUAUGCUUCAGCUUCCAUUAUCUCGAAAACGUUUUGGAUUUGGCUGAAUCCCCUUUUGAAGAAAGGCUACACGGCGCCCCUCAAGCUCGAGGACGUGCCUACCCUCUCACCGUUUCACAAAGCAGAGCUAAUGUCGCGUCUCUUCCAAAAGAACUGGCCUAAGCCGGAGGAGAACUCGAAGCACCCUGUUGUGAAGACGCUGGUCCGCUGCUUCUGGAAGCACCUCCUCUUCACUGCCUCCCUCGCGCUGCUGAGGCUCUGCGUGUUGUACGUUGGGCCCACAUUGAUCCAAGGGUUCGUAGAUUUCACAGCGGGGAAGGGCACUUCCGCUUAUGAAGGAUACUACCUUGUGUUAAUUCUGUUGGUUGCCAAAUUUGUUGAGGUUUUGAGCUCACACCAGUUUAACUUCCACACACAGAAGCUCGGGAUGCUUAUCCGUUCCACGCUUAUUACAUCCUUGUAUAAGAAGGGGCUGAGGCUGUCUGGCUCGGCUAGACAAGCUCAUGGUAUUGGACAGAUUGUGAACUACAUGGCUGUCGAUGCUCAGCAGCUGUCGGAUAUGAUGCUACAGCUCCACGCGCUGUGGCUUAUGCCGAUGCAGAUGUUGGUGGCAUUGGUCAUCCUUUACCAGUAUCUUGGCACUGCAACUCUGGCAGCAGUGGCCGGGCUCGGCUUGGUCAUUGCCUUCGUGCUGUUUCGUACCAGGAUGAAUAACAGGUACCAGUUCCAGAUCAUGAGGAACCGUGACUCGAGGAUGAAGGCCACAAACGAGAUGCUGAGCUACAUGCGUGUGAUCAAGUUCCAGGCUUGGGAGGAACACUUCAACAAGAGGAUUCAGUCGUUUCGAGAGACUGAGUAUCAAUGGUUGUCCAAGUUUAUGUACUCGCUCUCGGCUAACAUCAUCGUGUUGUGGAGCACGCCGGCUCUGAUCUCCACCAUCACAUUUGGGAGUGCGCUCCUGCUUGGCUUCCCGCUCACUGUUGGCACGGUCUUCACGACGACCUCACUGUUGAAGAUGCUGCAGGAGCCGAUCAGGACGUUCCCCCAGUCGAUGAUCUCGCUCUCUCAGGCCAUCGUCUCUCUGCAGAGGCUGGAUAGGUUCAUGACCAGCGGGGAAUUGGUGGAAGACACGGUGGAGCGCGUUGAAGGGUGCAACAGCGACAUUGCUGUGGAGGUAAGAAACGGGACGUUUAGCUGGGACGACGAGACCCGGGAGGAGGUCGUGAAGAAUUUGAAUUUCGAUAUAAGGAAAGGGGAGCUUUGUGCCAUUGUUGGGACGGUCGGAUCGGGGAAGUCUUCCCUUCUUGCAGCGAUUCUUGGUGAGAUGUUCAAAUUAUCUGGGAAGGUUAGAGUGUGCGGUACCACUGCCUACGUUGCCCAGACCGCAUGGAUCCAAAAUGGGACGAUACAAGAAAACAUAUUGUUUGGUUUGCCGAUGAAUGGGGAGAAAUACAAGAAAGUUCUCAGAGCUUGUUGCUUGGAGAAGGACAUGGAGAUGAUGGAGUUUGGGGAUCAAACGGAGAUUGGAGAGCGUGGUAUUAAUCUGAGUGGCGGCCAGAAGCAACGGAUUCAACUUGCCCGAGCUGUUUAUCAGGAUUGUGAUAUUUAUCUUCUUGAUGAUGUGUUUAGCGCUGUUGACGCUCAUACAGGAUCAGAUAUUUUCAAGGAAUGCGUUAGGGGGAUUCUUCGAGACAAGACUAUUAUACUCGUUACACACCAAGUGGACUUCUUGCAUAACGUUGAUCAGAUCCUAGUUAUGAGAGAAGGCUCCAUCGUUCAAUCCGGGAAGUACGACAGGCUACUGGAUUCUGGAUUGGACUUCACGGCUUUAGUCUCUGCCCAUGAAGCCUCCAUGGAACUCGUUGAUGUGGAGACGAAAAACGAUGACAUCGUCUCCCCAAAGGUGAAAACACAAAGAUCUUUCAAACUAGGAGAUGCAAACGGUGAUAGCAACUCUCAAGAGAAAUCCGAGCAUAACAAGGGAAGUUCCAAGCUCAUCAAGGAGGAAGAGAGAGCGACUGGGAAAGUGAGCUUGUCUGUUUACAAGCGAUAUUGCACGGAGUCGUUUGGAUGGUGGGGGGUCGCAGCCAUGCUGUUUUUCUCCUUGGCGUGGCAGGGGAGUCUGAUGUCGAGUGAUUACUGGUUGGCGUAUGAAACUUCAGAUGCAAACGCGGAUUCGUUCAGCCCUUCCCUCUUCAUCUCAGUAUACGCCAUCUUUGCAGCAGUCGCCUUCGUUUUAGUCCUCGUGAGGAGCAUCUUUGUCGCGGUUAUGGGAUUGAAGACGUCCCAGAUUUUCUUCGUGCAGAUUCUUCGUAGCAUCCUCCAUGCGCCUAUGUCGUUCUUUGACACAACGCCCUCCGGAAGAAUCUUGACGCGGGCAUCGACUGAUCAAACCAACGUAGAUAUCCUGAUCCCGUUCUUCACGAGCAUCACCCUCGCCAUGUAUAUAACUCUGCUCAGCAUCAUAAUCAUCACGUGUCAGUACGCUUGGCCAACCAUUAUCCUCGUGAUUCCUCUUGGCUGGCUGAAUUUCUGGUACCGGGGGUAUUACCUCUCUACAUCUCGUGAAUUGACUCGACUUGAUUCCAUCACAAAAGCACCUGUCAUUCAUCAUUUCUCGGAGAGCAUAACCGGUGUCAUGACGAUCCGCUGCUUCAGGAAGCAGGUGAGCUUCUGCAACGAGAAUGUGAAUCGUGUAAACGCUAAUCUGCGCAUGGAUUUCCACAACAACGGAUCCAAUGAAUGGCUUGGAUUUCGUCUGGAACUAUUGGGAAGCUUCAUCCUUUGCAUGUCUGCAUUGUUCAUGACAGUCUUGCCUAGCAGCAUUAUUGCACCAGAGAACGUCGGUUUGGCUCUCUCGUAUGGUUUGUCGUUAAACACGACGCUGUUUUGGGCCAUAUACUUUAGCUGCUUUUUGGAGAAUAAGAUGGUAUCGGUUGAGAGGAUAAAACAGUUCACCAUCAUACCAUCUGAGGCCGAAUGGAGGAAAGAAGAUUCCACCCCUCCGUCUAACUGGCCGACGCGUGGUGAUGUUGAGCUCAACAACGUGCAGGUCAGGUAUCGCCCGGAUACACCUCUGGUUCUUAAGGGGAUCACUCUGAGCAUAUCCGGGGGCGAGAAGAUCGGAGUUGUUGGUCGGACAGGAGGCGGGAAAUCGACGUUGAUCCAGGUUUUGUUCAGAUUGGUUGAGCCAUCUGGUGGGAAGAUCAUCAUUGAUGGCAUUGAUAUUUCGGCACUAGGGCUUCACGAUCUCAGGUCCCGCUUCGGAAUCAUCCCUCAAGAACCUGUUCUUUUCGAAGGAACCGUGAGGAGCAACAUCGACCCGACCAGCCUCUACUCAGACGACGAAAUUUGGAAGAGCCUCGAGCGCUGCCAGCUCAAGGACGUCGUGUCUUCAAAACCGGGGAAGCUCGACUCAGCAGUUACUGACAACGGCGACAACUGGAGUGUGGGGCAGAGGCAGCUCCUCUGCCUAGGAAGAGUGAUGCUGAAGAAGAGCAGACUUCUAUUCAUGGACGAAGCAACCGCGUCCGUUGAUUCUCACACGGACGGGGUCAUCCAGAAGAUCAUCCGGGAGGACUUCGCCUCGUGCACCAUCAUAAGCAUCGCGCACAGGAUACCAACGGUCAUGGACUGUGACCGCGUGCUGGUCAUAGAUGCAGGGCUGGCCAAGGAGUUCGACACGCCGGGGCACUUGCUCGAGAGGCCGUCGCUGUUCGGGGCGCUGGUGCAGGAGUACGCGAACCGGUCAGCGGAACUGUGACGAGACAAAUCUGCAGUCAAGAAAGUGAUAAUCAAGGUUUCAUGGGUAGAUGACAUUUUUGGUGUUGGGAGAGAGGGAUUUUGCUAGACCAGCCUAGCUAAGUAUGGAGGAAAUAAGGGCAGAAGGCAGUUGGCAACAUUCAUUGCAACUGUUCUUGUAUAAUUAUAUUCAAAAUGUAUGUAUGUCAGGAUUCCGAGAUAAGUAAAUUGAUAAUUAGCCUUUGCUAAAUUUUAGCAAAAUAUAGUUCCUUCUGUUUGCUUUUCUUUCGGUGGUGCCUUACCAUAAAUCCAUGUUGCUUUAGUAGAUUAUUAAGAUGUGUAAAUAUACUCUUGAAAAUAUAUAACAGAAUAUGUCGGUCUUUAUUUA